AUGCGGAUGGAGUUUUUGAAUUUAAGGCAGGGAAAUAUGUCAGUAGGGGAAUAUCAGCUGAAAUUCAAUGAAUUAUCUAGGUUUGCAGGGGGUUUAGUGGAGAAAGAAGCAAAUAAGGUGUGGCAUUUUCAGAGGGGACUUCAUCUCGAGAUUCAUGGAAUGGUUUCUUUGCUUAACACUAAGACCCUACCAAAACUUGUGACUAGAACACUUACAGUAGAGACUGACUUAGCAGAUGAAAAGAGGAGUACAGAGAAUCAUGCCAAGAGAUUCAGGCCAGGACAAGGUAAUGGAGGUGGUUUCACUACAAGAAAUGUACGUCCAGCAACUCAGGCUAAUGAAGGGUUGGGACAGGCAUCGAGGCCAUGUUUCAAGUGCGGUAAGCCACACGCAGCACUUUAUCGUUGUGAUGGAUCAGUGCGGGUAUGUUUCAGUUGUGGGCAGCCUGGUCAUACCUCCACCCAUUGUAGAGCUCGGGGUGAUGGAAGGAAUCAGAUAUCUCAAGGUCAGAGGCAGCCAGUGCGUGGAGGUGGGCAUGAUCAGCAGCGACAGUUUAAUAAUCAGGGAAAUCAUAGGCAGCAAGCUCAAAUUGGGGGUCAAGGACAGAGAAAUGUGACAGAGGGACGUGUGUAUGCAUUGACUCAGCAGCAGGCUAAGGAUGUGCCAUCUAUGGUGCAAGGUACUCUUUCUAUUUCGAAUGUACCAGCUCGAGUUUUGUUUGAUUCUGGUUCUACCCAUUCCUUUGCUGCUCCUAGAUAUUUGUAUGAAUUACCUAUUGUUGUUGAGGCGUUAGAAGUAUGUGUUGUGGUGACUACUCCGGUAGGGAAAACAGUGACAUUGGAUAAGGUGUCUAAGUCUUGUGAUGUGGAGAUAGAUGAUAGGAUCUUACCCAUAGACUUAAUUUCAUUGGAGAUGCAUGACUUUGAUGUUAUCCUAGGGAUGGAUUAG